AUGAGACUGUUCGCAGUGAUUUUCUGGCUAGGCUGGGCUUUUGGCCAAGCCAGUGCCAAGAACUCGGGUUCCGAGUCCCCCAGAUUGCUAGCCUCUUUCCAAUCAGCUCCAGCACCGGCGCCAGCACAAAGUGUGAUCUACAAAAUACCAUCGCAGCACUACUACCCACCACCUCCUCCUCCUCCACCGCCACAGCACUGCAGCUGUCCACCGGGACCACCUGGCCCGCCGGGACCACCAGGAUUGCCUGGAUUACCUGGUGAACCGGGUCCCAAGGGACACACUGGGUCGAAGGGCGAACGUGGGGAGAAGGGAGACCGCGGACAUUAUGGAUUACCGGGCGCCCAAGGCCUACCGGGACCCAUUGGACCACCUGGACUGCCCGGGCCACCCGGUCACAAAUCGAAAAAUGAUUACCAUGACCACGACCACGACCACGGUCACCACCACCACCAUCACCAUACCCAACCGCCAUCCCCACCACCACCACCUCCACCAUCUUAUCCACCAGCACCACCACCAAUCCUGCCGCCUCCAAUUAUAGUUCCCAUUCCGAUUCCAGCCCCGCAGAAAGGUGGUCAUGAUAAUCACCAAAAGGGAUCCAAGGGACCACCCGGCCCACCAGGUCCACCGGGAAUGGGAACACCUGGUCUUCCAGGGCCGCCUGGGAAUACGUAUCCACAGCCACCUCCUCCUCCUCCGCCUCCACCUCCACCGCCGCCUCAGCCAGCGUAUCCACCCUACCCGUAUCCUUACCCCCCACCCGGACCCUAUCCCGGUCCAGGUUCUUGGAUUCCUGUGCCAGUUCCAGUGCCAUGGCCAUCGAAAGGACACAAGGGCGACAAGGGUCACAAAGGAGGCAACAAAGGAGACAAGGGUGGACACCACCAUCACUACUAUCCACCAGGACAUAACAAGGGCGGUCAAUAUCCGUAUCCACCCUACGACGGCGGACAUGGUGGCCACCAUCAUCCAGCCCCUUAUCCACCCCCAUACCCACCUCCAUACACUCCUCCUUACCCACCACACUAUCCACACGAUGGCGGUGACAAGGGGCAUCAUAACCACCACCAUCCGUCCCACAAUCAUGGAGGAGGCAAUGGUGGGCACAACCAUCAUCAUCCGUCCCACAAUCAAGGAGGAGGCAAUGGUGGGCACAACCAUCACCAUCCGUCCCACAAUCAAGGAGGAGGCAAUGGAGGCCACAACCAUCACCAUCCGUCCCACAAUCAAGGAGGAGGCAAUGGAGGACACAACCAUCACCAUCCGUCCCACAAUCACGGAGGAGGGAACAACGGACAUAACCAUCAUCAUCCGUCCCACAAUCAUGGAGGGGGAAACGACGGACAUAACCAUCAUCAUCCAUCCCACAAUCAUGGAGAAAAACCCUCUGAGCCAAAUGACAGUGGCGAGCAAAAUCCCCGAGAUGUUCUGGAACUGCAGGAUGAAGAUGUGGAGAUCGUCGAGAACAUAAUCGAUGACAAUGACUUUAUGGAGGUCGAGGAAGAACAGCCUUUUGAGACAACUGAUACAGAAACGGAACCCGAGGAUGCAGGCUAUAUAGAUAACACAGUGGAGAAUGAAACAUCUCCUGAUUCAGUUGAAGAACCAAUUGAGGAAGAUACAACUUUAGGUGAAGAAAACUAUUUCGAACCAGGUGAAGAGGAAGAAUUGAUAGAAGAAGAACCUAUAACGGAGGAUCAGAUGGACAUGGUAAAUGAUAACCAGACCUUUGAGGGAUACACGAUCGAAGAGCGAAACAACAAAAGGCCAAUUAUCCUGGCCGUUGGAACUCCAAGAAACCCAUUUCACAUUUAUGCCUAUGAACAACGGCUUCUAAGUCGGACAGGUGUUCAUUCACGAAUGUUGGGCCUCAAAAUGAUGCUGCUGACGGUUCUGCUGUUAUCAGCCAUUUCAACUUUCUGCGAGGGAUCGUGGACUUUGAGCUCAGUUCAGCCGGUCAAAACUGAGUCCCGUCCAAAGGCGAAAAAGCCUGUUUAUGACCUGUACUAUUACAGUCCGGAAACGUUAGGCUCAUCCUUUUACUAUGGAUCUCAGACGAAUUGUCAGUGUCGUCCAGGGCCUCCCGGGCCACCUGGUCCACCUGGAACUCCUGGCUUGCCAGGUGAGCAAGGACCGCCCGGUGAAAAAGGCGACCGUGGGGAUCGUGGAGAACGUGGAGAGCGAGGAAGAACGGGCAGACCGGGCUAUACUGGAUUUCCGGGACCCAUUGGACCACCAGGUUCCCCCGGAAAAUCUCCAUUACAUCGGCAUAAGCAAGUCACAAAGGGAAGCAAUGGAAAUACAUCAUCAAAACCUGAUAACAGAAAGGUUGUCUUAAAAAAAAAUAAACCUCAGGCACCGCAGCCCUUGCGGGGUAAUUCUAAUGGAAUUAACCUUCUAAAAGCGGGUUCGCAACUGACCAAAAACCACAAAAACCUAAAUCGCAAGAGACCAACUGCUUCCCCACAUUCUAAUCGCAAGAGAAUCAUUCAGAGCAACAAGGCAAACACAUCAAAUAAGAACAGAAAAACAUUGACUAAUUCACAAAAACAUAAAACAAGUACGGUAAUUCGCCAACAAACUCCUAAACGAAAGGUAAUUAAAAAAAAAACUACAACAAAUAAAACUAAUUCGAGCACUUCAAAUCGUCGGCCAUCGGCUCCCAAAAACAAGGGAUCAAAAUUUGUGGAGAAACCCAGUUUAACAAAUGCAAAUGCCAGCAUUAAUUUGGAUAUCGCUCAAGUCAGAUUGGAGCUAAAGAAAAAAGUAACCAUUGAAGAAAAAAUUCAAACAAAUGCGGAAAUAUUUAAGGUAACAUUGAAAGAUUCCAACCUCGAAAAAAUAACCCAGGAGAACCAUGAUCUAAAUCCAUUUACCACCUAUUCUGAAGAGACGCCUGGCUUACCUGUUACUACAACAACUAAAAUUGAAACCUUUACGAUUGAGGAAAAGGAUAAUGUUCAAACAACAGAAAAAUCUUUAGUGGGGGAAAUCCCCUCCACGGAAGUUCCUGAGGUGGUGACCAAAAAUGGUACUACAUCGGAACCAAUAACCAGCACCAAUGAGCCAACGACUUUUCCAACAGAACCAACUAUAUCAGCUGAAGACACAACAAUUAUGCCAGAGGAAAUAUCAACAACCGAAAACGUUGAGGAAUUUGGAUCCAACCCACCUGAGGUGGUGACCACAAAUGGUACAUCCCAGGAUGAGAAGACUUCAAAUGAGUUAACUACAUCGGAACCAAUAACGAGCACCAAUGAGCUAACGACUUUUCCAACAGAACCAACUAUAUCAGCUGAAGACACAACAAUUAUGCCAGAGGAAAUAUCAAGAACCGAUAACGUUGAGGAAUUAGGAUCCAACCCACCAACUGAUGAACCAGUGAAUAUCACAACGGAAACGCCAGAGGCAUUAACCACAGAGCAAGACCUUCUCGAUCAAGAAGAUCUGAUGUUACCUUCCACUCCCAAAGAAUACGAGCUUGGUAUCCCGGUAUCUAUAAUAAUAGAUACAAUGUCAGCUACGCAAGCUAGCUUAAAUGUGUUUUAA